AUGGAAGAAGGAAGAACUGAACUAGAGUUUGAUGAAUUUGAGAAGCUUCUUGGUGAGAUACCAAAUGCUACUUCUGUGAACCCGCAUUCUGAGGAAUCUCGAACUAAAAGUGUGUCUCUGAAUGGAAGCUUGUCUCCCAUUUGUGUGAACUCCUACAAACGGCCUUUAAGUGAGAAACUCCAUAACAACGGCAGGCGGAAUGAGGGAAAGAACUCAGUGAAGAAAAUUCAGAAAUCACCAGUGGGAAGGGGUCAACCAGAGGUGACAAAUCUGCCUGAUGACCGAUCCUUAACAUCUGCAUUUGCAGGACUGAGCUUUGAUGGUGGGGUCACUAUGGAAGCUGGAAGUCACGAGGAAACUUGUAAAUCCAUGCAGAACUUCUCCUUUUCAUUGAAUGGCCAAAUCCCAAACAGCUUAAAAACACAUAUUUCCGAUUCAGAUACUCCAGUCAUGGUCGUUCCCUCUUUCCAAGCACCAAAUAACACACCUUGUGGCUUUUAUGAGUUUGAUGUGACAAACAUAGGCCAAGAAAGUUCAAAUAUGUCAAAAUUCAAUUCUGAAGAGCUUAAGAAACCCCAGGUUGUCUAUUCACAGCCUAUGGAAAAUUUAUCUUCUGCUGUUCCUCUAGCUCACGCAGUGCAAGGUUUUCAGUUCCUCUCUAAUGUGCCUGGCCCUGGUCUGCAGUUUCCUCUAACAUCUGAUCCGCAGCAAUUCUUUCUGGAUGCACAAUCUCGUAUUCCUUACCUACGUUCACAACAGUUGAACCAGAAUCAAGUUAGUUGGAGGAAUAUGGAAGAGGAACAAUAUUAUAGGAUGCAGCAAAGAUAUGUGUACAUGCAGCAGCUUCAUGAUCAGCGGUUCGAAGCUCAGCAUCUGGUUCAAGGAAGUGGGAAUAUUCCAAGCAGGCUAACAUGUCCAAACCCCAGGCAUACACAUUUUGAGGUGCCAAUCUCCCAUCGGCUCGAACAAUCUAAUCAAGAACGAGUUAGGAACAAUUAUGUGAUUCCCAGGGGUCCACACCAAUCAAAUCCUGCCCUUUCUUACACAGAUUUUAAUGGGAUUCAAGUUUUUGACAAGGUGGGGAAACAGAGUUUUCCUGAGAAGAUUCUAACAAGAUCACAUGGAAUGAACACACUUAAGGCUGUGAAGUUUGGUGCUGUUGGAGCAGAUGAAUCACUUGCUCAUGUUAGUCACAAUGGCAAAGUUCUCUCAAAUGGUCAUUUCCGGCAUACCUUAUCUACUCAAAACACUGGAUGUUUUCAGUUGGAUAGUUUGAGCACAUGGGGUAUGUUCCCUAGUUUGAUGCACCUUAAGAAUACAGAUAUGAAGGCACUGCCUCAGAAAUAUACCGACAUGAAGGCAUUGCCUCAGAAAUAUAACUCCAUGGAUGAAAUUACUGGUAGAAUUUAUCUCAUGGCUAAGGACCAGCAUGGUUGUCGCUUCUUACAAAGAAAAUUUUCUGAAGGCGCCCAAAAGGAUGUUGAGAAUAUUUUCUUUGAAAUAAUAGAUCACAUUGUUGAGCUCAUGACAGAUCCUUUGGGAAUUACCUCAUCCAGAAGCUGCUUGAAGUGUGUGGCGAGGACUCGGGCUGUUCAAAAGGUUAUUGAAACCCUCAAAACUCCGGAGCAGUUUUCCAUGGUUGUUUCCUCCCUAAAGCCAGGGAUAGUGACUUUGAUAAAAAACACAAAUGGCAACCAUGUUGCACAACGCUGCUUGCAGUAUUUGACGCCUGAAUAUCGUGAGUUUCUUUUUGAAGCUGCAACUACUAAUUGUGUAGAGCUUGCAACGGAUCGCCAUGGCUGUUGCGUGCUACAAAAAUGCCUUAGCCAUUCUGAUGCUGAACAAAGAAACCGAUUAAUCUGCGAGAUCACUUCGAAUGCUCUAAUCCUUUCCCAAGAUCCAUUUGGGAACUAUGUUGUGCAAUUUGUCUUUGAACUUCAGCUUCCAUGGGCAACUGUAGAUAUUCUUGACCAGUUGGAGGGUAAUUAUGGGGAUUUGUCUGUGCAGAAGUAUAGCAGUAAUGUGGUUGAAAAAAGCCUGAAAUAUGCAGGUGAAGAGCGGCGCGUACGCAUUGUUCAGGAGCUGAUAGAAAAUCCACGCUUGGAUCAAAUCAUGCAAGACCCUUAUGGCAAUUAUGUUAUCCAAGCAGCACUCAGUCAAUCAAAGGGAACUUUUCAUUCUAAACUGAUGGAUGCAAUAAAACCUCAUGUGCCUGUGCUUCGGACCAGUCCUUACGGGAAGAAAAUCCUCUCUAGCAAUAUUUUGAAGAAAUAA